AAUACGGACGGUGGUGAGAGACCUGACGGUGGUGCAAGAGGAGACUUGCAGUAGUAUGUAAGGUGUGGGCGCCGGUAUUGCACGGGCUCCGACCUUCCUUGCACGGCAUUUCAACCCGCACCAAACACGCGCCGAUCUCGACAUCGAUGACCCGACCAUUCAUCCGACCUUGCUCUCAAGCACGAGCUAUUGCAAGAAUUUCUUGCAACAUGCACGGUUUCAUUCUGAUCAUCUGCGUUGUUGCAGCUUGCCUGCAAGCAUGCGAUACGUUAAAUGUUGCUUUGGUAAAUAUUCCUGGCUUUCACUUGGAGGUCGUGAGUGGUUACAUUCAUGUGUUGGCGCCUCUUUUUACACCCCUGACCGUUUACGUGCAUCCUGCCAACCUGGAGCGUCCUACUGCUGGAUAUGGUUUUCGGGAUUGGAUUGGGCAUAACCGGAGUGACAUCUUACUGCGUGCGUUGCCUGACAACGGGUCGUAUUCUGAACAUGAUGCGGUUGUUUUUGUUUCUCCUGAAUAUGAUAUUCCGACGAUGCUGGCCUUUGUGAACCGGUCGAAUCCGCGCACAAUUGUACUCACAUGUCAUGGGGGUUGUUCAACUUUUGUCAAGGGCACGGCUGUAUCAACCUUAGAAACGGCUAAAAGGUCGGUGCAUUUUGUGGCACUUGCACCUCACGCAGCUGUCCAUGCAUCUCAAGUUUUAAAGCGUCGUGUCCAUUGGGUAUUGCCUAUCCUUCCUUUAAAUCCUCACCGUGUCUGCAGUUGGGAAGCUGACAUGUUUCCGCCACUUAUGUCACGAAGUAUUGUCCAAGAACCAUGUUUGUCAGGCUUCGCGAUUCAAGGCCAGCUUCGUCUUGAGCGACGCGACUACAUGAUGUUGUGGCGAGAUAUUGAGGCGAAUUGGGAUGUGGUUUCAAAGCAUCCGAGGUUUAAUGUCACUAUCCUUGGGUCUGGGCGACUCAGUGACCUCAACAUUACGGCUAAUGCAGCCAAGGUUGUAUCACAUCAAUCACUUCCAUAUCUCGAGUUUUACUCGGCUUUGCAUCAGUCGCUUGCUCUGCUUACAUUAUUUUCUGGUGACACUUAUUACUCGGUCAAGUUGUCUAGCAGUUUCAUCAGUUCGUUUUCCGCUGGAACUCCGUUGCUUAUAGAUCAGCGCGUGCACGAGGUGUAUCAGUUCUUACAUGGAGAUGGGUUUGUUCCCCCACACUACGCAAUCUACAAAGGCGAGAGUAUGACUCAAUCUAUGUUACGCGUUUUAAGCGAAGGAUGGACGUAUCACAGGGCGGUUCGUGCGUCCCUGCUGCAUCGGCGGGAACGCAUCACUGAGCACACGCGCAAUUUUCUGACAAAUAUACUUCUCAUUGACCUCGCACGUAAAGGUCGGGUUUUACAAGACCAGGGUCUACAUGGGAUUUGGUACGACACCAGCAAGGGUUGGUGCACUUCAGCUCGGUGUGAUCCACAGAUGUCAUCGUGGGUUAACCUGUGAACUCGCUGCAUGGGUAUGCAAUACGGGGUCUCGCACAAUUGCGCCUGGUGUUGGUGGUGCGGAUGGGGAAGGCGGCGCAGAAACACAAACCAGGGUGGCUGCCUAGCUGCGGCCGGGCUGACACAAAGGCUCACUGGCUGCUGUAAAUGGUGAGCCGAGAGUGGUAUGAAAGGCUGGUGCCGGCCAGGCGAGUUGGGCAUGAGGCGCCGCUGCGUGGGGACAUGAUGCGCUGCCGGCCACGGGGCAAUUGACGGGUGCGGACCGUAGUACGGUUCCCCACACCCGUCCAGGAACCGGCCCACGCACGGUGCAACGGGGCUGGCCGGGAGGAGGAACCGGGCUGGCAGCUGGGCUGGACGGCGCGACGUGGAGCUCGACAAGAACCUGGGGCGAAGGGGGGGGUCGCUGCUGGGGCGCUGCGGGCGUGCCGACGACGUCGUGUCCCCACGCAUGCAAAGGUCAUCGCCC